AUGUACGAGUAUGCCAACGACACACGGUCGACGGUGUGCUGUUCAGUACCUGGCACACCCUACCCUGAGCCCAAUCAGCUGUCUGGCGUCGAUCCGGAACUUUCAUGUCGUGACCUCGUGAACAGGUGGUGGAUCACGGAUCGCCUAUGA